UUGGAUUGAGAUAAAGCGAGUAAAGGAGACGAUGAAGGAAAUAGACGAACGCAGUGAUGAGAUGCAAAGUCACAUUGAGUCAUUGGUGACCGUAAUAAAGGCGGCAGAAGUACGCCGUGAGCAGCUAUGCCAUAAAGUGAUUUCACUGACAAAAUCAGCGAAGGAGGCAAGAAAACGCCGUGUGAAAUUACGGAGAGAGAUAUACUCAAUACAGGAAUUGAUUCUGGAGAAUGCGUACAGGGCUAAUCUGGAAGAGGUGGAACGCUGUAUAGAAUAUGUGAAUUCCUUCAACGAGAACAUGGCUGUCACUGAAGGAGAAAACGAGAAAUCUAGCGAACUUCCAAAGACCAAGAGCAGGAUUCCUGUGAAGUCAGCCCCCACCGUUCUGCAGUCCAAGGUUAAAAGUUUCAGCAAUAUCAGCCACAACCCUAGUGGGGGAAAGAGCAGGAUUCCUGUGAAGUCAGCCCCAAACGUUCUGCAGUCAAGGUGAAAAGUUUCAGCAAUAUCUGUCACAAGAAUUGUUGGGGAAAUGUGAAGAUAGUACACCGGAAGUUCGACUACAGCAACGUGCAGGCCAAGGUCAACAC